CCGAUCCACGCGCUCUGUGAAUCGGGUGGCAGAUUUCCGGGCUCGUGCCGUCCAAUGAGCGCUGUCCACAUGCGGGCGGACGGGGGCCGCGGGGACGCGCUUUCAUAAAACGGAGCUGCGCAGGGGAGCGAGUCCACUGGUCACGGUGCGGGAACCGGACUGAGCUCGGAUCCACAGCGACGGUCGCGAACUCGCCGGCGCCAGGCUGGGGAUGAGGAGGACGCCGCCGCAGUGACUGAGCAGCGCGCCGCCGGCUGAAGCUCGGAGCCCCGCACACAUCUGGAGGCCAGCAGGACGUCGGGUCGCGUCCGAUCCGAUCGCAUCUGAAGGACGUCAGAUCGCAGCCCGAACGCGUCCGAUCGCAGGGGGCAUCGCUCUCCUCCGCGGCGCCUCCUCUGGAUUGCGUGCGUGCGUGCGUGCGUGCGUGUGUGUGCGGCGUGCGCGCGUGUGUGUGCUGCAUGCAGACAGCGCGGAGCCCCUAAGGCUUAAGGUCCACCGCAGGGUCUCCGGGAUCCGCGUGCCCGCUCGAGGGACGCCCCACGCUGCUGUUGUUCUCCGCGCACGGCGCCGGUGGGCGAGCAGAGCACGCGCGCGCGCCCGCAGGGGGCUGCUUUCGCCAUGGAGAACGCGCACACGAAGACGGUGGAGGAGGUCUUCAGCCACUUCGGCGUGAACGAGAGCACGGGGCUGAGCCUGGAGCAGGUCAAGAGGCAGAAGGACAAGUGGGGGCCCAACGAGUUGCCGGCUGAGGAAGGCAAGUCUUUAUGGGAACUCGUCCUUGAGCAGUUUGAAGAUUUACUCGUGCGAAUUCUUCUUCUGGCAGCUUGUAUCUCCUUUGUUCUGGCAUGGUUCGAGGAGGGAGAGGAAACCAUCACCGCCUUCGUGGAGCCCUUUGUAAUCUUACUCAUUCUCAUAGCCAACGCCAUCGUAGGUGUGUGGCAGGAGCGGAACGCAGAGAACGCCAUCGAGGCCCUUAAGGAGUACGAGCCUGAGAUGGGCAAGGUGUACCGGCAGGACAGGAAGAGCGUGCAGAGAAUCAAGGCCAAAGACAUUGUGCCUGGGGACAUCGUGGAGGUGGCAGUGGGAGACAAGGUUCCUGCAGACAUCCGCCUCUCUUCCAUCAAGUCCACUACGCUGAGGGUGGACCAGUCCAUCUUAACAGGAGAAUCCGUGUCCGUCAUCAAGCACACGGAUCCGGUGCCGGACCCUCGUGCCGUCAACCAGGACAAGAAGAACAUGCUCUUUUCUGGCACUAACAUUGCUGCCGGCAAGGCGGUGGGCGUGGUCGUGGCCACGGGCAUCAACACCGAGAUCGGGAAGAUUCGUGACGAGAUGACCUCCACGGAGCAGGACAAGACACCGCUGCAGCAGAAGUUGGACGAGUUCGGCGAGCAGCUCUCAAAGGUGAUCUCGCUCAUCUGCAUCGCCGUGUGGAUCAUCAAUAUCGGCCACUUCAACGACCCGGUCCACGGCGGAUCCUGGAUCCGCGGCGCUGUCUACUACUUCAAGAUCGCUGUGGCGCUGGCCGUGGCGGCCAUCCCCGAGGGGCUGCCUGCCGUCAUCACCACCUGCCUGGCACUGGGCACUCGCCGCAUGGCUAAGAAGAACGCCAUUGUGCGCAGCCUGCCCUCCGUGGAAACGCUGGGCUGUACCUCGGUCAUCUGCUCCGACAAGACGGGCACCCUCACCACCAACCAGAUGUCUGUGUGCAGGAUGUUCAUCCUUGACAAGGUGGAAGGAGACAGCUGCUCCCUGAACGAGUUCACCAUCACAGGCUCUACCUAUGCCCCCGAGGGAGAAGUGUUCCAUGAUGGGCGGCCAGUGAAGUGCUCCCAGUACGACUCUCUGGUGGAGAUGGCCACCAUCUGCGCCCUUUGCAACGACUCUUCCCUGGACUACAAUGAGGCCAAGGGUGUGUACGAGAAGGUGGGCGAGGCCACAGAGACGGCCCUCACCUGCCUCGUGGAGAAGAUGAACGUGUUUGACACUGACAUCAAGAACCUGUCCAAGAUCGAGAGAGCCAACGCAUGCAACUCUGUGAUCAAGCAGCUGAUGAAGAAGGAAUUCACCUUAGAGUUCUCCAGGGACAGGAAGUCCAUGUCUGUCUACUGCACCCCCAACAAGUCGCGUUCCACCAUCGGCAAGAUGUUUGUCAAGGGCGCUCCAGAGGGUGUGAUCGACCGGUGCACUCACGUCCGGGUAGGGAACACCAAGUUACCCCUGACCCAGGGCAUCAAGGACAAGAUCAUGUCAGUGAUCCGAGAGUACGGCACGGGCCACGACACGCUGCGCUGCUUGGCUCUGGCCACGCGUGACAACCCACUGAAGAAGGAGGACAUGGUGCUGAUUGACACUGCCCGCUUUGCUGAGUACGAGUCAGACCUGACCUUUGUGGGCUGUGUGGGCAUGCUGGACCCACCCAGGACAGAGGUGGCAGCUUCUAUCCGCCUGUGCCGCCUGGCCGGGAUCCGCGUUAUCAUGAUCACCGGUGACAACAAAGGCACCGCCAUAGCCAUCUGCCGCCGCAUUGGCAUCUUCAGUGAGGACGACGAUAUCAACCGCAUGGCCUUCACGGGCCGCGAGUUUGAUGACCUGUCCCCCAACACCCAACGGGAGGCCGUAAUGAAUGCCCGCUGCUUUGCCCGAGUUGAGCCCUCACACAAAUCCAAGAUCGUGGAGUUCCUGCAAUCUUUUGAUGAGAUCACCGCCAUGACGGGAGACGGUGUGAAUGAUGCUCCAGCCCUGAAGAAGGCGGAGAUCGGCAUCGCCAUGGGUUCAGGCACAGCUGUGGCUAAGACAGCAUCCGAGAUGGUACUGGCUGACGACAACUUUUCCACCAUCGUGGCGGCGGUUGAAGAGGGACGAGCCAUCUACAACAACAUGAAGCAGUUUAUCCGCUACCUCAUCUCCUCCAAUGUGGGCGAGGUCGUGUGCAUAUUCCUGACGGCCGCAUUGGGCUUCCCCGAAGCUCUGAUCCCGGUGCAGUUGCUGUGGGUAAACCUGGUUACAGAUGGUCUGCCAGCCACGGCGCUAGGCUUCAACCCACCUGACCUGGACAUCAUGAACAAGCCGCCACGCAACGCCAAGGAGCCUCUCAUCUCCGGCUGGCUGUUCUUCAGAUACCUGGCGAUCGGAUGCUACGUGGGAGCAGCGACUGUGGGUGCCGCUGCCUGGUGGUUCAUCGCUGCUGAGGAUGGACCCAGGGUCACACUCUACCAGCUGAGCCACUUCCUGCAGUGCUCCCCAGACAAGCCCGAGUUCCAGGACCUGGAGUGUGAGGUGUUUGAGUCACCGUACCCCAUGACCAUGGCUCUCUCUGUGCUGGUCACCAUUGAGAUGUGCAACGCCCUCAACAGCUUGUCAGAGAACCAGUCCCUCCUGCGCAUGCCACCCUGGGAGAACAUCUGGCUACUGGGGGCCAUCUGCCUCUCCAUGUCCCUCCAUUUCCUCAUCCUCUAUGUGGAGCCACUGCCGAUCAUCUUCCAGAUCACACCCCUGAAUAUGACCCAGUGGCUGAUGGUGCUGAAGAUCUCCAUGCCCGUGAUCCUGCUAGAUGAGCUGCUCAAGUUCACCGCCCGAAACUACCUUGAGCCUGGUAAAGAGCUGGAGGGUCUGUCAGCUAAAGGGGGCCAAGGCACGGCACUGUCCGGGCACUCAGAGGGCAUCUCCUGGCCCUUCGUGGCCAUCGCCUUGCCCCUGGUGCUGUGGAUUUACAGCACCGACACUAACGUAUCUGAGAUGUUCCUGUCCUGACUGACAUGAGCACGGUGUGGGCGGAGCCUAACACACAUCUAAUAACAUUAACGAGAGCAGUCUUAACAACAUAGGGAUGGAAAAAGUAACUGACAAGAAGAAAAGACUGAAUUUGUCACCACUUGUAUCAAAGAGCAAUCAUCAGUGAGCUUUUUUUGCCAUCUUGCUUGGAGAAUAUCAUUGUCAGUUUUUUUAAUUGCCUUUUAAAUAUCUAUAUAUUUUUAAUGAAUUUAGAUUUGUCAUGAUGACUAAUUUGAAAUCAGAUAACUUCUCUUUGGUCCUCAUUGGAUGAGUUCAGUUGAGAGAUAUCAAACCUACCCUGUGACAUGUAUAGAGAUUUAUCAAUAUUUUAUGCAAAUGUUUUUGUAUUUUUAUUUUUUAUUUUUAUUUUAAGAGUACUGUUGGGGGGAUGGUGUGGGAUGCAAAUGGCAUGAUGGGUAAAUUUGUUUACUAAUAUUGUACCGUUGUGUCUUCAAUACGACUCCUGCUCCUCCCUGGGCCAACGGCUGAGUGACGCGUGGCACAGGAGGAGGAGCCUGAGCACCGGCUGCGUGUCUCUGUGUGUGUGUGUAUACGCGUGCAUGUGUGUGUCGACUAACGGCACCCAGAGGGACUGGUGCAUUCUGGGGCGAGUACGAAGGUUUUUCUUACACAUUUGUUUGGCCCCCAUCCCCAUGAGUCCAUUCUUGUUUGUGUUUGUUGUUUUUCUGCACUAGGCAGAGCACAGCUACCUCACUGCUAGUACUGACGCUUCUUUGAAGACCGACCGCACACAUACACACACACACUUGCUGAAACCUUCCACAGAAAUUUUCACAAGUCUCAAGGUACAUCCUUGACUGCAAAAAAAAAAAAAGCUAACAUUGUGACUAUAAUUAAGUGGUGGAAAAGGGGAAAAAAAAAAAAAAAAAAAAAAAAAAAGAGUCCCAUGUCCCUAAUCAGACAGGAUGGGGGCGCUCAAGAGGCCGCUGAGGAAGGUUGAAGGUCAUUAAGGCAUUGAGGACUUCGACGUGGUAUUAUCCGGUGUAUACAGGGCAGCAGGUGCCGUAGUUGUUAGAGUUGUUGCGGGGUGGAAAUGACACAUUCUGCUCUGGUACCCUUAUUUACCCUGAAUUUAUAGAGUAGAAAUUACCACACUGUAUAACUCGGUAAAUCAGUGCAAGUAGCUUAGUGUUCAAACCUAACAUUUUAAGUCGCUCUGGAGAAAAGUGUCAGCUAAAUGAAUUCAUGUAAAUAAAAUAACACUGUAAAACACACUCGCCGAGUGUGCGUUUAGGGUACCGUACAAACACUGCGGCAUCUUUACCUGAUUUAUAUCGCUGUAUUAUGAAUAUUUGUGCACAUACUGUACUUGAAUGUGUAGAUAGUUGUCAAGCUGCUGACUAUUUAAUGCGCGGAGCACAAGCAGUCGUGUGGCUCGAGGGACCUGUCGCUGGACACCGUCCGUUCUGUCCUUUAAGGGUUCGACGCUCUCUGCUCCACUGGGGCGUGUUUUAGGGGGCUUUGAUGGUGUGAAGCAUGUAGCCAGUGGGCUUCGUGUGUUUCUAACUGUUUCCCUGCCUUCUAUCAUAGUCGGGCCACGUUACAGCCCCCCUCCCCCACCCUGUGUGUACUACUGUCGUCCUCUCACCUGUCUAACCCUUACAGCUGUUGGGCAGGUAAACAUCCCUCCCCUCCUGGUUCCACUGGCCACCACCCUCUGAGGAGCCCACAAGGUGUCCUUCAUCAAAAGGGGGAGGCAAUGGAACCCAGCACUGGAGGGGGUGGAGUUAGGCAGGUCUUUAAUCUCAGGAGUACCAAUUGAAAACAAGGAGGACUGACUGCAGGGAUAGUGUUGCCUUGUAGGGGGCAGAUAGCAAAAUAAAACACGACUUGAGCAACCUGAACCCCCCUCCCCCCCAAUGGAGGUCUGCCGCCAUCCCUCCACACCUGUCCUCCUUCUUCUCUACAUGCUUCCUGUUGCAUCCGUUUCCCCCUAAUUCUCCUCUCUCUCCUUCUCUCUGCAGCUCGGGACUUGUAAGCUUGCAAAAAGGAAAAAAAAAACAAGCCCUUUGCAGGAAGCGUAAGGUUGUGUUUUAGUGUUGUGCAUGUGUGUUGUGGGCAGCACCACAUCUUCCAAAGACCUGCAUGUAAAAGCCAAGAGAAGGAGUAAAUAAUUAUUUAAAAUAAAAUACAGGAGUUAUCAAAAAACGACUGCAGAAAUCAUACCGAAGUGACAGAGGACAGACGGACAGUCAGUGACAAGGUGUUACGGGAGGCGGCGCCGUUACCCCAGCGCCGCUCUUCGAAAGCAGGACAGCCGGCCACACGGCCCCAUGCCCCCCCUCCCCCCGGGGGCCCAGCUUAGCUUAACCCUUCAACCUCGGAGACGUGAAAGGGCGCUUUUUCAGGCCGCCUUUUUAAACUCUUGUGUAAAAUGUCAGUUUUAUAUCAAUGUACAAUGUACCGCAGUGCAUGUCCUCCAGCUGGAAGUAGUCAAACCUAUUUUAUCAGAAAUUUAUAUAUAUUAUAGCUAUGUAUAAUAUUGCAGCAUUAAGGUCUAUAAAGGUAUCCAUUUAUAAACUGUUUGAAUGUUGGAAUGGCGGAGCUCAAAGUCACCAGUUCUUGAUUUUUGUCUUUUUUUUUGGGGGGGGGGGGGGUAGAUGAUUGGUGCAAAGCAACCAAGUAGUUUUUUUCUCCAUUGUAACUUAUUGAAACGAGGUUCUGCGGGACCCGGGCCGGUGACGUCGGGCCCCAAGGGAUGUGGCGUCUCCCCAGGACAUAUGCGCAUCCCACACAGCUCAGAACUUCCGUUCAUCCAGGUGCUGAUGACUGUAACGUGCAUCACAUGACUUGUGGUUUCAGUUCAAUA